CCACGGGGGGACACAGAGGGCGAGAUCGGAUCUGAACAUCCCGCUGCCGAGAUGCUAUCCAAAAACGCCAGGGUUUUCCUCUCCAUACUGUGCUUUGCUUCCAUUGGGGUGUUCUAUAGAUCUUCGUGGAUUUUAUCUGUGUACCAUGAUUCCUUCCCCCCUCAGAACUCAAGUCAAACAUGUUUAAUGGAGUAUACGCCAUGGUUAAGUAAAUCUAUGGUUGCAUCUCCUGAGCCCUUUUUGACACAGAAAAACAAUAUCACAAAGCAAACCUUUAAUUGGUGGACGAAAUUGCAGUCUGCAGGAAAGAGUUUCCAGUACUACAAUGAAACAAUGAAGACCUUGUAUUGGAUGUUCCCACACAGUCCAAAUUUGACUCAACCCAGCCCUGACCACUGCAGGACUUGUGCUGUGGUGGGGAAUUCUGGUAAUUUGAAAGGAUCACGCUAUGGACCCCUCAUAGAUUUUCAUGAUAGCGUUAUAAGAAUCAACCAGGGGCGUGUCAAAGGCUAUGAAAAAGAUGUUGGAAACAGAACAACACAUCGUGUGAUGUAUCCAAUCAGUGCUUCUAAUUUGGACAAUGGCACCUAUCUUGUGUUUAUUCCAUUCAAGCCACAGGAUUUACAGUGGCUAAUCAAGUCCUUCACCCCAAGUAAAGAACCUAAUAAGUCAAGGUUAAAAGCUAACAAGGAUUUGGUGGUGAUCCUCAGUCCGACUUUCAUUGAAUAUGUCCAUACUGUUUGGCUAAAAUUCAAGAAGGACAUUUAUUCAUCCACUGGCUUUUUGACUUUGAUUCUCAGCUUGCACAUUUGUGAUGAGGUCAGCUUGUUUGGGUUUGGAGCAGAUGGACGUGGCAACUGGAACCAUUACUGGGAAGAAGUAGUAAACGUACAUCACAAAGGGAGAAUCGGACAUCAUGAUGGUAGUGGCGAAUAUGAAAUCAUUGAGAGACUAAACGAGCAGAAGAAAAUACAGCUUUUCAAAGGAUGGUGAUCUUUGUGCCUCUCUUUCUGUUUUUCUCACUGUCUGUCAAAUUAGUAACAUCUUUCUCUAUUGAGACCAUGUUUGUUUAAUCAAUGCAACAAAAUGUAAAUGAAAUGUCCCUAAAAUGUCUAUUAGAAUGUAUUCACAGUGCCUAUCUACAUUUAUUUAUAAUUAACUUAUUUUCAAUUAAAAAAUACAGUAAAUGCUUUGUUUAUUGGUUGUUUGAUAUUUGAUCUGUAAAUUAUUAUUUAGGUGUUGAGGUCCAUCAAAUCAGGCUAGUUGGUUGGGCUUCAAUUCCACCUCCUCAACUUCAUAGAGUCUCAAGAGUUGUGACUACCCAGGCGAUAUAGAGUAUUGAUGAUAAUAUAACAAUAUAGAUCUGAUAUAGUGCAUUGCUGGCGGCAACUGUUUAUCAGUCGUCUUCUUUCAACUUUUGUGUCAUUGUGCAUAGUAGAAUUAUGAGGUUAUUUAUUCUUCAUGACGGCUUAUUGGCACAUUUAUUGUAACGGCGUACACUCCUAAAGCAUUGUUAAAAAGAUUUUUACGGUGUCAUACCAAUGUUGUACAUCACAGAGGCUGCACUGUUGACUAUUUCUGGGCAGGAUGUUUUCAGCACUAUUCAAUGUAUUUACAUUUUUUAACUACCUCUCUAUGCUCAUUGUGCUCAUUGUUGUGCUAAUUGUUUUCUACUGCUGCUGCUUCACAUUAACAGUGUUCAACUGGCGAAAACAUAUGGUGGCAAAAAUGGACCUACAAACCGCAUGGCGUG